CAUUUUGAUUUUGAAUGUUGGAUAUUUAACAUGUUACGUCAACACUUGGUUGACAGAUGUUAUUUAUGAAAAAAUUUCCUCAGAUUUCUACAUCUGUAGUUGAUUUAUCUCCUAUUGUACUUAUGGAGGAUAUCACCGAAUUCGAGAGCGAUAUCAAUAACAAUAUGAAUCGUAGAAAAGGAAGAAAAAUUCAAAAAUUUUCAAAAAAUCUCUUACAACUGACAAUGAAGAAUCUACAUAAAAUAUGUAAUACUAAAGUUUGUCUUCGAAGACUAACAGAUGAUGAGAUAAAAAAAUGGCAGUCUAAAAGGAUUAUAAAUACUGCUGUAACUUCUUCAACUAAUACUUCUACUCAUUCUAAUAAGGAUUAUAUUGAAAACAGCGGUGAUAAAACCAAUAAGACAAUGGAUUAUUGUAUCAGUAGUGAUUUUUUCAACAGUAAAUCAGUAACUGGAACACGCUUUCAGAAAGCUAAAACGCAGAAAAUUAAAACUGCUUUUAUUAAGGCUUAUCAAGAUGAAAUGAAGGAAAACGAAAUCAAAUUGGAAACACCUCCAAAAUCGCCUAAUGAACAGAACACCUUCAUUACUGAGGGUGGACCCCUAUUUCUUCCUAAGACAUUGACAUUUUCUGAUAAACAUGAAGAGUUAAAAUCAGAAGAUGAUUACAGUGGGAAUAUGUUCACUUCAUGUCUUACACCUGCUGAAACAGAAGACAGUGUAAACGAAAACGAGACUGGUGAUAGUGAUGAGUCAUGCGAACGAAGGGAUACUGAACAAAAUCAAUCAAUUUUAACAAGAGUCAAAUGUGAUGAGUGUAAACUGGUUGCUAAAAAUACAGAAAUGCUUAUGGUUCAUAAAAAAAUCAUGCAUAAUCUGAUGCGAAGGCCAGUUGAAAAAGCUGGUGUUAUAGCACCUCUAAUUCAAAAUGUGUCUCAAAUCCCUAAUGGGGAAAAGAAGGUGUCAGACACAAUGCCAACUGUGGAAUCACACAACGAAUUAAAUGUGAAAUGUAAUGAUGAGCUUGCAGCCCCAACAACACGAAUUUUGAAAGGAAAAUCGUGUAAAUCUUUCCAAAGCUCAUAUCGCAGAAGACGAGUCAGGGCCAUGCACCUUGAGUGUGCUCUCUGUGGCUAUACAUCAUUAAAACACCAUCAUUUAAACGAUCAUUUGAACAAGCACAUCAAAUUCUACGCAUAUUCGUGUUCAAAAUGCCCUCAUCAAUCUUAUACAACAGAUGCUAUGCGAAAGCAUAUAAGAGUUCAUCAUUCCAAGGAUACUACUUAUGAAUCAAGAAAACUAAAAGAGUUGAAAAAAUUGUUUAAGAAAAAAUUUGGUUAUGUCCAUAGUCAAACACGUCUUGUGGUUCAACCAUUACCAAUGGCAGAUGAACAAAUAUCUCUGAAGUAUCCAGUUCAUUUAUUAUCCAAGUCACAUUUGAAAUCCCUCAGUUUUAAUUCUAUGGCAUUUGGUAAUGACAGUCAUGAAACUGUUAGUAAUAGGCACGUAAAAUCUUUGAACCAGUCAACAACAACAGCAACAACAAAUGUGUCCAUUCUUCCAGAAAUAUCAAACAAUGACUCCUCAACAAUUUCAAAAGAUCAAACUACUUCAAAUUAUUCCAUUACACAGAAUAUAAGUGAUUGCAAAAUUACCAGCAAUGGAAGUAAAUUGAAAGAAAUUGUAAAAAUUCAAUUGAAAGAUGAACUCUCCAAAGCAACUUGUAGUAAUGUCGAUGUUAUCUUAAGGAGAAUAGCCAGCGAAGACGUCAAAAAUAUAAUAUUUACUUGCAAGCAUUGCAACUAUCGUACUCAACUGACUGAUGACUUACAAAAUCACUUUCUCAAUAAUCAUGCUUCAAUUGCAAAUACUUUAUUAAAAAGAUUGGUUUGUAAUUCUUGUGGUCAGAUUUUUAAUUCCAGAUAUCAUAUGACGAAGCAUUUGGAAAAAAUUCAUCAAAAUAAGCCUAAAAGUUUCCAAAAAGUUGCUCUAAAGUUGAUUGAUCAUUGGGAUUAUAACUUUGACUAA